CAAACUUGCCACGUGGGCUUUUGACAUUUUAAAGGCGUCGUGUCUUCCCUUUUACCAGUUAUUUUAUUAGUAAUUUAAUGUAGUAUUUGUAGACCUUGGGUUGAUUACAGUCCAAUCGCUGCAUUCUUAGUUUAUUUAUCGUACCUGUUUAGGUAAACAAACUAUAUUCAUAAUUGCGCCUCCUUCAAGAUGUUAGGUACAAACUACUGGGUGCUUUUCUUUUGUUGCUUGCCUUCUCGAAUUCUAUCUUAAAUUACGCUCGGCUCUUGUAACACACUAAACCCGCCUUCAUUCCAUCCUCAAGAAACUUGCAUGUCUUUCCGGAUACUGUGUAUUGUCGGCUUUCCUCCAAUUAAAAGAAUCAAUAUCAUCAAUAGAGAAUGUAUCCUCUUUCGUUGCUUAGCAACUUCCUAUUUCAUUCGAAAGAUAGCCAUGGCUCCUGCCAUUUCUUCUUUGGGUCCACGUCCACUAGUCUUUUGUGGUCCAUCUGGAUCAGGAAAAUCUACACUUAUUAAACAAAUCAUGAAUGAUUUUAAUGGUGUAUUUGGAUUUUCGGUAUCCCAUACUACAAGAUCUCCUAGACCUGGUGAAAUUGAUGGGAAGGACUACCAUUAUGUGUCAAAGGAAGUUAUGGAAAAAGGAAUAUCUAAUGGAGAAUUCAUUGAAUCAGCUACCUUCUCUGGUAAUCUGUAUGGUACAAGUAAAAAAGCGGUAGAGGACGUUCAGCGCGGCAAUAAAAUAUGCAUUUUGGAUAUUGAUACUCAGGGUGUGAAGUCUAUAAGACAAACAUCUCUUAAUCCUGUUUUCAUUUUUAUGAAGCCUCCUUCAAUGGAAGUGCUAGAGCAAAGACUUAGGGGACGAAACACUGAAAGUGAAGAGAGUCUCCAAAAACGACUUCUAACAGCAAAAGCUGAGAUGGAAUAUGGAAGUGACCCCAGUAAUUUUGACAUUGUAAUUGUGAAUGACCAACUUGAUAAAGCCUAUCAGGAAUUGAAAGAAUUUUUGAUGCCAUUAAUUGAGGAAGUGAAUAAAUAGGAGAAAUGCGAAGAACAAUACAAAUUUUUAGAGAUC